ACAAAAGUGAUAUCUUUAUGAAAGCUGUGGCGAGGAAGAGCUCAUGUGAUCGAGGCUAUUGUUAGACGAGAUGAAACGGUGUCGGUUGGCGUGACACACCUGGGAUCGUUUCAGCAGAGCUCCGAGCACGUAUUUCUACUGUUCCCCACAGCCAUCGUGCCUGCAAGCGGAAAGGAUUCGUUUAUUUCGCCCAAUAUUAGUUAGAGAAGCCAUUCUAGUGUGUGUUAUUUCAUGGGGAUGUGUUCAAGGCAGGAGAGGAUUCAAAAAGACGUCGACAUCGUAAUUCAAAGGUGUAAGGCAGAGAAAGACUGCCUGUUUUCUGACUUUAGAUUCUCCGACUCCACCUUCACGUUCACCUACUCAAAAGGACCUAAAAGGGUGUCCUACUCUGUUCACGUCUCUGAUGAUUAUCCAGAUAACACGUAUGUGUCUAAUUCUGAAAACGAUGAUGAAGUGUUAGUGACCAGAGAUCCAAUACCAGUGAUUUUCCACAGAAUUGCAACAGAAAUACGCUUAAAUAAUGAUGCCACCAGCUGUCUGUCUAUUAAGUCAAAACUUCAAACUGAUAAACACUCGUGCCAUUAUGCUAUAGAGGAGGAUUCAGAGGGUGACAAUGAUUCUGAGGAGUUCUACUAUGUUGGACAGGUUAAUUACGAUGGAGAGCUUCACAAACACCCCCAUCUUGAGGCUGAUUUGGCGGCCGUGAGGGACUUAUAUGGCCAUCAUGCAGUAUCUCUCAGGGAAUAUGGUGCAAUUGAUGACGUGGACAUCGACCUACACAUCGAUGUCACUUUCUUAGAUGAGGAGAUUGCACUUGCCUGGGAUGUGAUCCGGAGUGAACCUGUUAUUGUACGGCUUCACUGCUCCCUCACACAAUAUCUGAAUGGACCAGUUCCCACUGUUGAUGUGUUUCAAGUGUCUACAAAGGACAGAUUUGGACUCGGACAUCAGUUGAAAAAGAUAAUGCAAACCUUUGUCACACAGCAGUGGAAGUGUCAGAGCAAAGAUAAACUCAUCAGCCCGCACAGCAAAAAGCAAACAGAGAAGAAAGUCAAGUCUCCCCUGCAUAUUUUUUCAACAUUACGCAGAUCCCCCAGCUACCCUCCUCCUGGCUGUGUAAAGAGCAAAAAGAAGCUCAAACCCGAGCAGGAUGGUGUGUCAAAAUCCCACCGUCUGUUGCGGCGAACGUGCUCCAGCACGGUGAAGCCAGAAAUGGACGGCUGUGUCGGCAAGCCGCACAAGCUUUUAGGCCACUCGAUCUCCAGUGACCCACGCAUAGAGCAACAUCAGCCCCUUAAACAGCCCCACCGGCUGUUGCCGAGGCCCUGCUCGACUGCUGUGAAGCCGGAGGACUGCCCGCCGCUGCGGCCUCACAAGCUGUCGCCGCGGUCGAGUGCAGCAGAGCCUCGCUGUGAGCACGCUGCUGGCAGUAGCGAUGGUGGUGCUUUGAAGCCCCACCGGCUCCUGGGCCGCUCCUGCUCUGGUAGCGUGCGGACUGAAGAGCUGGAUGGCCUGAAGCACCACCACCGUCUGCUCAGCAGGUCCUACUCCAGCAACACCAAGAUAGGCAAGAGCGACAUCUUUAAAGAGCCUGUCACCGAGAGCAGACGCCUCUCCCUUACCUCAGGGCUAAUCGGUAUCCUGGCCCCAUCACUCUCUUCCACACCUCAGCCAAAUGUCGGAGCCAAAUCCAUUCCAGUAAGAGACAGAGGCUUCCUUGUUCAGACUAUGGAGUAUGCAGAGCAGCGUAUCCCUGUGCUGAAUGAGUUCUGUGUGGUCUGUGAUGAACCUCAUGUGUUCCAAAAUGGACCAAUGCUCAGACCCACAGUGUGUGAGAGAGAACUGUGUGUUUUCGCCUUCCAAACGCUAGGGGUCAUGAAUGAGGCUGCUGAUGAGAUUGCCACUGGUGCUCAGGUAGUAGAUCUACUAGUCUCCAUGUGCCGAUCUGCGCUGGAGUCUCCGAGGAAAGUUGUCAUUUUUGAGCCAUAUCCCUCUGUGGUGGAUCCCAAUGACUCACAAGCACUUGCCUUCAACCCCAGGAAAAAGGACUAUGACCGGGUGAUGAGAGCACUUGACAGCAUCACAUCUAUCAGAGAAAUGACCCAGGCUCCAUACCUGGAGAUCAAGAAACAAAUGGACAGGCAUGAUCCUUUGGCUCACCCACUACUGCAGUGGGUGAUAUCUAGCAACAGAUCACACAUAGUGAAGCUCACAGUUACUAGACAACUGAAGUUCAUGCACACACCCCAUCAGUUCCUCCUGCUCAGCAGUCCGCCAGCCAAAGAAUCCAACUUCAGAGCUGCCAAAGGCCUCUUUGGGAGUACCUUUGCUUUUCAUGGAUCGCACAUAGAAAACUGGCACUCCAUUUUGAGGAAUGGUUUGGUCGUGGCAUCAAACACGAGACUUCAGCUGCAUGGUGCAAUCUAUGGGAGUGGAAUCUAUCUCAGCCCAUUAUCAAGCAUAUCCUUUGGCUACUCAGGGAUGAACAAAAAACAGCAGAAAGUUGCUUCAAAAGAUGAAACUGCUGCCAACAAGUCUACUGUUCAUUUGCAGUCACAGAAGAAAGGCCAGAACCCACAGUUUCUGCAGAGCCGCAACCUGAAAUGCAUAGCCUUAUGUGAAGUUAUUACAUCUCCUGACCUGCACAAGCAUGGUGACAUCUGGGUGGUUCCAAAUACAGAUCACGUCUGCACACGUUUUUUCUUUGUCUACGAGGACGGACAGGUAGGUGACACCAGUAUAAACACCCAGGAGGCUGGCAUUCACCGAGAGAUCCUGCGAGUCAUCGGCAAUCAAACAGCCACUGGAUGAAGGUUUCUGAACACAAAACCGCUGCCUUGACCUCUUUCCCAAAGCUGGACAUUUUGAGGGCAGGAGGCCAAUACCAACUGUAUUUUUGGUAAUCGCCGAACACACGAAUAAAACAAAAAGGAUAUUCAAAACACACUAUUUAUACGAUUCUCCCCCCGGGAUACAUGCAUAUUUACACUGGCGAUUCAAACUCUUACCAUUUUGCUAAGUUUAUAAAUACAAGGUACAUUUUGAAAGAGCAUGGUACGUCUCUCAGUUCAACUGAUGGACUACUUAUUUUUUUGUAAACACACGAAAAAUGAAAACACUUUGAAGAAUACCGUAUUUUAAGACUUUCCUGGAGAAAAAAAAAACAAACAAAACAAAAGAAUAUUCCUGUGUGGAUAUGCGCCAUCUGACCUUGUUUACUAAGAGUUGUACUUGUUAAAGUACAUUAAUUUGUGUAUACAAAAGGUGUCUACUGUAUAUGCACUUUAUUUUUCUUAACGUAUGAUAGAUGUUUCAAACUUCCAUAUAAUCUUAAAUGCCUUUCAAAGACAGACGUAUUUAUUGUUUGACAGCGCGGAACACAAGCGAGCGACUCCUGAUGUUUACAGCAGAUGGAGAGCUUUUGAUCGUGUCGUUUCAAAACGGAUCCCUGUGCUACAGCUAAUAUGUCAUGCUACUUCAAAUGUAGCUGUCGGUUUACAAUUUCUAAAGGCCUCAGUCUAGAAUUUGCCCAGAUUUCCUAAACCUGCCACUUCAUUAACUCUUUUAUUUCAAAAUACACAGUAUUGCUGUAACGUUUUCACUGAUGACUGAAUAUACACAAAAAUCAUAAAGAAAAAGAUGACUUUAUAUAUUCGGCAGCAACAGCUAAACAGAUGAUGCAUGUUGCUUUUACAUUUUCAAAGAAUUUGUUCUCCUUGGUAUGGUUACAGAGGCUUUUUUGAUAAGGACAAAACUCGGCACCCAAUUGUAAAAUGUUCUUUGAAUAUUUCAAUAUAAAUCUUUUUUGUAAGGUGAUUUUAAGGCAGAAUAAGUGUUUGCUGCUUGUUGUUUAUACAUUGUAAUGUAUCAACAGAGGGUUCAAAUGUGUGAGUAUUCUGUUCGAUUUUUGGCAAUUCUUUAUAGUGAUGUUUAGACACCUUUUGUGGUUGUUUACUUUCUAAACAUUAAAAUCUUUGGUCAUUUGAAA